AUGACGGUAGCCGUCACGGCACUCUUCGCCAAGGGAAAGACUACAAUCCGCAACAUAGGCAAUUGGCGGGUGAAGGAGACCGACCGCCUGGCGGCAAUGGCCGUAGAGUUGCGCAAGGUGGGCGCCGACGUGGUCGAGGGCCCCGACUACCUGGUGAUUGACCCUCCAACUGAAAUACAGCCGGCCAUCAUCGAAACCUAUAACGACCACCGCAUGGCCAUGAGUUUCUCGCUGGCUUCCCUGGGUGACGCUGCAAUCACUAUUCUGGAUCCCGGCUGUGUUUCAAAGACCUUUCCCGAUUAUUUUGACAUUUUCAGUGCCAUCAUUCCGCAGUAA